UGUAACAUUUUAUGAGCGAUUAUUGAUUAGACUAAUGAAGUGUAUUUUAACUUAAAAAAAAGAGUAAAACACUCUGAUAACACAAUGUCCGUUAAAAAUAAAUCUUCUGACAGUGCCAACAAAGGGAAAGUCACAGAAUCUGUUUGGAAGAAGAUUUUCGAAGCGAACGCAGAAUGGCCCGAUAAGGAUGAGUUCCUCGACGUUAUUUACUGGAUGCGACAAGCCAUCGGCAUAAUUUUGGGGUUGUGUUGGGGGUUACUCCCCUUGAAAGGAUUCCUGGGAUUAUUAUUAUUUGUGUUAGUGAAUGCUGCGGUAAUAUACUUCUAUGUGAACAAUUUCCAAAACAUAGAUGAAGAGGAGUAUGGUGGUAUGUGGGAAAUAACUAAGGAAGGAUUUAUGACGUCAUUUGCUGGAUUUUUGGUCACUUGGAUAAUCAUGUACACAGGACUCCACGGCAGUAGUUUAUGAGGUUCACCCGUGUGAAGUACAGACAGACAGACUAUGUAGUCUAAGUACAAGUAUUGUUAGUAGCUUGGGAAGACAAUAUGUUAAAGAGUUUAUACUUGAAGAUGUGUUGUAAUGGUAAAAUGUGCAAACGGCAAAAACUGUGUAACUCUAAUGUAUUAUGCAAUGAAGUGUAAAAAAAAAAUAUCAUAAGUUGUUAGAUACCUCGCAUGUGAGCGUGUUUAGUAAAACGUCCCACUUUGUCGGUUACCAUUAAGGCGAGAGUUACUUGUAUCUUUAUAUAAAUAAACUCACAAAGUGGCUUUAUAGCAAUCAACAAAGUGGGAUGUUUUCCUGUACACACUCACCAAUGAUAUCAACUACUUCUAUGAUAAGUGUAUAUUAGAGCAAUCUACAUUUUAUCUAAUUUCCUUAUUCUAUUUUCUGUGCUUUGUUUAAGAAUGAUCAAUGUUGAUAGUUGCAGAAAAAUGCAGAAAAAGUACUAGUUUGUGCUACAGGGGUUUUCAUAUGGUUUCUUUUGGAUUAAAAAUGUAGUUUGGUUUCAUUCAAAGCAGGCAUUUAUUUUUUUGAAUGUUGGGUGGUAUAAGGAAUGAAAAUUAUGAUUGGAAUUGAUAUUACUUCAUAUUUAAAUCUAUAUUAUUUGAUUGAUUGGAGCUGCUAAAAUAAGCUUUCAAAAUUCGGAGGUUGAAAAUGGUUAAUGUAAAUUGAUAUUUAAUGAGAAAUCCAUGUUGUACUAGUGUACAUAUUAGCUACUCCAAAAAUCAGUCAACCCUGUGAGUCACUAAUAAUAAUACUAAAACUUUGUAGGCAUAUUCUAAAAAUUUUACUUGUAAAUGGGACACUUAAAAUAUAUUUCUACCUUUGAUAAAGUGCUUUUGAUAGUUUGAAAAUGCUCAGUUGUCAUGCCAAGUUCUAUAUGAAAUAUGGUGCUCCCAUAGAUCGUCACUACCAAAAAUAGUUGAUGCAAACUUAGCACUAACCACUUUUUAAACAGGCUACUCUUGCUCAUGAAUCCUAGCGUACAUGCAUCCAAUUACAAAUAUUUCAGGCUGUUACUAACAGAAUCAAUGUAAAUAAAUAUAUGAAGAGUCCAUCUAUUAUAUUAUUUUGCCUCUCAACUAUUUUAUCCCAGAAUUUGCAUUAAUUAUUUAAGCAGAAUAUCAUUGUUAAGUUUUGAUGGGAAUUUUAUAUAGCCAUCAUGGAUUGUUAUUUCUCCAUUAGCUAUUCACACUUUCAUUCUACAUGCAGAGUUGCAGACUAUUAUUUGUACAUCAUAAGUGGCUGAAUUUAUUUUUGUUCAACCUUCCUUCUGACAGGCGUGGUUGGCUGUGGCCGUCACCGGAAAGUCUCGCCGAGGCUACAGCCAACAGCAUCACCAGUGCACAUAGAGGCUUAUGCGGGACUCAAUUUUACAUUAUUGUGCAUCUGGCGACUGGGACAGGGCAUAAUCCUGCUCCGUCCAGCAGGGUUAACAAUAGAUUCUUAGGAAUCUUAAAAAUAUGGGAAUAAAAUGAUUGUCACUUGAAUUGUAGAGUGGUAGCAAUGUGAACUUUAUAUUGAUGCAAUAAUGAAUGUAUUUCCUUGUUUCUAAUAUUAUUAAGCCCGCGAGGCCCUGUGUUUCCAGUAUGUUUCUAAGAACAAACAUGGUUGAUUUAAUAAAAGUUUUUAUAACUUAA